GAAGAGGAUGUCAUGAGUGUGGUGUCUGAACAAAAAGGGAAAGAGCCUGUGAAUGGAGCGCCUGAAAAUCAGAAGAAGCAGGCAUAUGACUUAGACCCACUGGCAUUCACAUUAAAGAAGAGACUUCCUCAUAGAUUUCCAAAGCGAUUCAAUGACAUAUAUGUUACUAGGAAGUCCAACUUCAAGGCAAGCCUAUUCAGAGCAUUCUACUUAAUGGCUAGAGUAGCUUUUCUUCCUUUUAUUGCUCCUGCAAAUUUCUUUUGUCUGAUAGGCAUAGAAAGGAAUAUCCCUAUCCUCAUCCUGUUGGAGUUGGCAAAAUACAAGGUAUGUGAGAAACUGAUCGAAUCGGGAGAGUCAGAACUUUUCAUUCAUGGACUUGGUGCAGCUGUGAACAGAGCAGUAAAUUUAGCUCUUCAGCUUACUCUCCAAUACCCUGAGGUGCUGGGAAUCCAUUGUAACACAUCAACUGUGGAGCUCACAGAUGAUCUGGAAUCACACAAUGAAAGCAUGGAACCAAGAACUCAGAAGAGGAACAAUUCUGCAAUUCACAUUCGUGUCUACCGCCUAGCUCACUUCAAGCGGGAGUGA